AUGGAGCUUUCUCAGGAUAAAUCUGAUCCCGACUUCAACAAGUCUCUUGAAUCAAGACGCCUAACAGUCCCUCCCUUUACUUAUCACUGUCGCGGCAAAGAGAUUGUGUUGCCGGACAAAACCUGUGCUUACUCAGUCUCGAAUGGCAGCUUGACUCCCGCAAAUAUGGGAAUCGUUAUUGUACAUGACAUCUUCGGUUUCGAUAUCAAUAAUACUCGACGUUUCGCAGAUAUGCUUGCUGAUCAGACCAACGCUCAUGUGCUGUUGCCUGAUUUCUUUCAUGGUAAACCAUGGUCCCUGGAUGAUUUUCCUCCAAAGCAUACCGAAGUCUUCACUGAAUGGCUGGAGAAAGUCAGCUGCUGGGAAGAUGUUUCUGCCCUCCUGUCCACAGCAAAUACCUACCUCAGAACCCUUCUUGCUGAAGAGCAUCAUAAGAAGUUGGGUAUUCUCGGCUUUUCGUGGGGUGGAAGGCAGGUUCUACGUGCCUGCUGUUCCCGAGAUUACGGCUACCUAGCAGGAGUCUCAGUUGAUGGCCUCAUGCUCGAGCCGGAAGAUGCUGAAAAACUCUCUAUCCCCGUGUUCUUUAUGCCCUCUGGUGAAGAUACUUCCAUUGAACCUAUUAAAAGGAUUCUAGACAAGAGGCCGUUUGGUGAUCGGUACUACACUUUCGCGGAAGAGGGCCAUGGAUACGCUUCGUCUCUGGGGGACCUGAAUAAUCAAAACACUCUUGAAGCCGUGAAUCAAACUAUCACUCUUGCAUCGGCCUUCUUUAUUGAGAAUCUCAAGGAAGAGGAGGCAGAGGAUGGCGCUGAGGAUGAGGCAUCUAACAGUGGUGUUCGGGGUCACUAG